AUAAGCCAAGAGCGAGAAUUUUUUGCUACUAUGAUUGUGGAUGCUGUUUCUUAUCUGGACGAAACCCUACCGAUCAAUAUGAUUGGGAUAAAGAAAGUGAGCGGUGGAUCUCAUACGGAAUCUCAGCUUGUGAAAGGCGUUGCCUUUAAGAAAGCAUUCAGUUAUGCCGGCUUUGAAAUGCAGCCAAAGCAUUAUAAGAAUCCGUAUGUUGCUAUAUUGAAUAUAGAAUUGGAGCUUAAAGCAGAAAAGGGAAAUGCUGAAAUGCGAAUCAGCAAUGUUGAAGAAUAUCAAAAGAUUGUGGAUGCAGAAUGGACACUGCUGUACGAGAAGUUGGAGAAAAUCCAUGAAUCUGGUGCGAAAAUAGUUUUGUCACGACUGCCCAUUGGUGAUGUGGCAACUCAGUGGUUUGCUGACAGAGAUAUGUUUUGCGCAGGGCGUGUUGAGGAGGCUGACUUGGACCGAGUGAUAGCGGCAUGUGGUGGCACAGUUCUUACGACUGUCACUCAAAUUGAUAAAGAAGCCCUCGGAAGUUGUGCUGAAUUUUACGAGCGACAAGUUGGGAGUGAACGGUGUGAUUUUUUUCCUUCUUUUGCUGCUUUUCAACCUUGUCGCAUAUUGACGAAGCCGGGCAGACAACCGAAGCGGAGGAUACUUUAG